UGCUUGAGUGACGUCAUCUCCCCGCGCCAAAUUCUAACCAAAACAAACGCAGAAAACCGUUCGGCUGCCAAGGAUUCAACAAAGUUAAGCAGACGUCUGUCAUGUACAUGAUGCUGCAACCAGACUUGGUCCAGUUUAUGGCGAUGGGAGGAAGUCAAACUCAUAACGGCGACGAAGAAGAGGGUUUUAGACGAGCGGCGGAGUUGCAGGAGGAGGGAAACCCAUUCACCUUUAAUCCGCAGCUCCUCCGUCUGCACAGAGACCAUGAGCUGUUUGAGGAUGGAGAUGUUUUCAGACACAUGUAUCUGCAGGACCUGUUCAGCUCAGAGGCAGAGGAGCAGCCAGCGCCCAGUUUUUCAGAGUUUGGCUGUCACAUCUCUGGCUGUCGAUCCGUCUUCAGCACACUGGAUGAGUACGAGCACCACUACAAUUCCCUGCACCGACACGUUUGCUGCUCCUGCCGCCGCUCCCUGCCCAGCGCCCGGCUCCUGGACAUUCACAUUCAGGAGUGGCACGACUCACUUUUCACCAUCCUCGCCCAAAAACAAGACAUGUAUUUGUGCCUUGUGGAAGGCUGUGGACAGAAGUUUAGAACAAGUCAGCAAAGGAAGGACCACCUGAUAAGACUUCACAAGUAUCCACCGGACUUCAGAUUUGACAAAAACAGAAAAGAAAAAGGAACCAGAGAAGCAAGCAGAGAGCAGAGGACAGACACGGCCAUGGAGGCAGCAGACGAUGUUUGUCGGUCGGAGGGUGUGUGUGAGGUUAUGUGCAGCGUUGAGUCCACCCAGCUUGAGCAGGAGGAGUCCAUGGAGACGCAUGCAAGCAGUGAGGAAGCUGCUCAGACCCCAGAAACAAACACAGAGCAACUGAAACCACAAUACUCCUAUAGGGUGCCUAAAACUGUGUGUUUUGGUCACGGCUCAGUCCGAGGCUUUAGAGGCCAGAGGGGCAGAAGGAAAUGAAACAGCAUCUGACCAACCCAAUGCUGGCUCUCUGGGUUUUAGGAUUAAAAUGUGAUGCACUUUGUUGUUGGUAAUUCAAUUCAAUAAAAGUUCUUUUUUGCAUUUUCAGAUGA